AUGGAUAACGACGCGGCAACUGACGGCACGCAUAGUGCAAGUGGCUGGAGCAGCGAUGUGAAUUCAUCAAUGACAGGGACAGAAACGGAUUCGGAUGCGGGUUCGUCUAUUUCGCAGCAAACCGAGCAAGAUGAAGGGGAGGAAUGUGGAGGCUUUGUACCAACGUCUCCAGGUUUUUUCGAGCAGCCCAUGUACAACGCAGCCGAGGACGUGAACGAGACGCUCGAAGUGUUAGAUACGCAUUCGGUACCUGAGUUGCGGACGGGUAUUUUUUGUGGCCUGGGUCUCGUGGAGCCCAUGCACGCGAGGCUCGACGCAUGCACGCGCAACGUGCGACGAGUAGGCAAGUUGGUUCUGUGGAAACGAAAUGUGCAGAAGAAAACCAAUCAACAAAACGACAAAGAAGAGCGCAGGCGUCAUUCCUGCUACGAGGGCGCGCAAUAUGACGUGUCUGAGCUCACUGAAGUGUUUGCCGGCCUUGACAUCAACUUGUAUCGUGAGCCGGAUGCAGAGCCUGCAAUUCCCGAUGGGCGUCUGGACGGAGUCAUGCGACCCGUUUCUUUUUCGCAGCCUGAGUCGUAG